AAGAAGCCUCAGCGUUGUGUUCAUUUACAAAGCAUACGCGUUAUGAUCGCGAGACGGGUGUAGCCGCAGCAUUCACCAGCUGCACAAAAGCCCAAAACUUUCGCGCGUGUAUCUUUACAUGUUUUACUGGAAGAUUCAUUUUCAUUCUCAUUCUGCACAUUUGGUGGGUGGUCCGGCCAGGUCCAUACAUAGUCCUCCUAUAUGUAUCAUGUCGGGAUAGGUGAUGUCAUCGGCGGGCAGCAUGUGAGCAGCGGGAAUAGACACCUGUGUCUAGACCGGCAGAAUGAAUCUUCGGCUAAAACAUGGAAAGAUGCAGGUGGCACAGCGGGCACAAGUACACUCAUAUGUGUUGCCACGGGGCACGCACAAGUAUCGCAAAAGUAUUGCCACGUGGCACACGUGGCAGCAGAUCUCUAAGAGAUGUUGGGAGUACAUGCCUUUUCGGAAUGAUUGCUGGUGUGCAGGUGCGUCCGCGCCAAGAGGAUAUGUGCAGCAGACGGCGAAGAGCAUUGUAUGGCAUGCUGAAGAUGUCGAGCAGCGCCAUUUGGAAAAUGCGCGGUAUCUCUGGUCCAGGUUUGUUGAGAAAAACAGACGGGACGUGGAAGAGAAAUCCGAGCAAUUGAAGGCAAUAUCAAAUCUUUCAGCACUCUUUGCUGGCUUUGCGGUUAUCGCACUCACACAGUUCCAGUUCGAUUCUAAGCUGGCGGCCCAUGAAAUCCCGAAGUGGUGGGUCGGUGUCUAUGGCGUGACAACUGCUAUAGUGGUAGCUCUGAACACGCUGUCCAUGGUAACGUGCACGCUCAUCUUGGGGAGCAUUUUGAAAAAUGGAAAGUCGUACGUCUCCGAAGAAGCAGAGGAGGUGUUCAUGGCGUACUGUCGGCGAUUCAUCGACGAAUGUACUGCUGCUGAAGAAGCGGGCGAUCGAACGGGAGCUGACGGAACGCCAGCUCGUGUUCUGCGACCACCAGCUCCAAGAUUGACUUUUGAAACAUUUUGGGAACAAAGAUGUGAGGAUCACUGGCGCCGGGCUUUCAACAUGUUCAGCGGUGGUGUGCUUGCAUUUCUCAUCUGCUUAAUAACAAUAGGGUUGAUCAACUUCAAUUAUUCUAAAACAACAUCUGGUUUAUUUGUGACUAUCGUCUUCGCAUCGUUGAUUGCCUGGUAAGUGCAUGGGCCUGCUGGCCUUUCCUAUCUCCAGACUGAGCUGGCCCUGUUUUCUUAUCCCGCUCCUAUCUUGUUUGUAUUAACUCUCAAGUGACUUCUCUUUGAUCGUUGAUAUGCGGCUCUAUGAGUCGUCCUUGCAAGUACCCAUGAAAAGAAAAAUGUUUGCAAGCAUUAGCAACAUUACCUGAUAUGAGUUCUUGACCUACCGGUAGUCCGCCUACUACUGGUAGCUGAACAGGGACCAAGAUUAGCUGUGUAACUCCAAUUCCACACAACAGAUGUCUGCCUACGAAUGCCGCGUGUGCAUGAAUAAGUGUCACACUCCCAGUUCAUAAUAUCAUGGCAGAGGCUUUCACACUGCUCAUUUGUUUGUUUGUUUGUUUGGUCAUUCAAUUGCUUGCUCAUCGGUUCGUUUGUUCGUUCGUGCAAACAAUCAUUCUUUCGCUGAUUCGCUUGUUCGUUCAUUUGUUCAUUUGUUCAUUCAUCCUUCGCUCACUCACUUGGUCGGUCAGUCGGUCCUCCC